AUGAAAGCGUUUUUGAUUAUCUUCAGUGUCUUGGCUUGCCUCUUUCUCCUGGUAUCCGCAGCGCCAGCCGAUCAACCCGGAGUACAUUUUUUGAGUUACAGCAAUGAUCAGGAUUUUGAGGCAAUACAAAAACAAAUCAUCGCUCAGUACGAAAAUCUUGGAGGCAGUUCGCAAUUCCAUGAAGUGCAAAGUGCCAGCGUGGUUCAUCCCAAUACAUUGAAAAUCAAUAUAUAA